CAUAAUUAUCAUACCUACGUACUAUACAUCGAUGCCGACGUCAACUGAUUGGAUGGUGUCAUUCUGCCGAAAAUUAAAAAUUACGARCAUGAAACGAUGWUCAUUCCUUCGUAGCUGYUGUUGUUGCAUCYGUUAGCCAUCGGAGUCCGGCUAAUGGAACAACCAGUURRGGCAAUUGCAUAUUUCUAUCUUUCCCAUCUCAAUGGCCGAUUUCGSUUCCGAAUAUUUGACUCGCUCGACGAUCCAUUCAUUUAUGCAUCCAUGCAUCCGCCCGUCCAUAAAAUGAGCGACUGCGAAGAACUAGCACGAUUGAAUUCGUCGAAAAGAAAGGACCGCAACGACAUCGGUCCAUCCGAGGAGACAAUUUCUSGAAAAGCUCGCAACGAAACUUCGUYCUAUGGAAAUAUUUUUGCGUCCAUCACCGCUUUCUCCCCGUUGGUUCUUGCCACCAAGCUUUGUGUGUUUCCGUCUACGACGAGUGUUUCUUUCUGUGAAGAAUCGUCUUCUCCGUCGGUAGCAGCACCACCACCGUUGCCAGAACGACUCCCGCACGKUGGAACCAAGGAAGGGGAAUCACUUUCGUCUCUAACCGAGUACGAGCGAAGAAGGAUGCUCCAACAGCUGGAGGAAGAACCUUGCUCGGCCUGCAAGUACACCGGAAUGACGCUUUGUGCGGGGAUGUCGUUGUACUUUCUCAAACUGGGGAUCGAAGAAACGGCAGGGGCAACAACCAUCGCCAAAGCAGCGAAGAACGCUGCCUCCACCGCUAGCAAGAGCAACAACAAAUUMUUUUUCUAUGGCGGUGCCGUGACAUGGGCCAUUGCGGGGYUGUACCGGUCCGUUCUGGAUUAAAACCGGCAUGCGGUACAACAGUUGCUGCCCGUGCCGCUGCUUCUUGCUCGAGCAAUUGCAUUCGUUCGCAAGAACAACCGGGKUGGUACGGCACGAGAUAGUACUCGGACRAUCCCACCGAAUGCAAUGUUGUUGAUAUUCGUGCGUCGAUUGGAGSGAGGGAACGUUYUACYMGUACCGUAAAGGACAGAAGCAUGACCAUCGAGCGUCUAUAACAUUCCUAAUAC